AUGCCCAAUCAUUCUAAAUUAUUUAGUAGUAAAUUACAUCACAGCGAGGACGAUGAUGAUAUCUUCUCAUCAGCUUCAUCGGGAGGUUCAUCAGCUUCCUCCGAUCUGAUCGAUGUUCUGAUCAAGAAUACAACAUCAUCACUGAAGGGGAAAUCAUCACUCGAUUUUAAAUCACUCCCAACAGGGAUUAUAUUGAAAAUUAUUAGAGAGUAUUAUAUUUUGGAUUUGACUCAGUAUUUUACAAUUUUAGUGAGAAUGAUUUAUCACAAGUAUAGAAAUAACAAGACGAAUGGUUUCUUUUUGAUGAAAUUGUUUUUUGGAAGGGUGAAGAAGGAAAGGUCUUUGGGAUUUAUGGAUAAAUAUGACAUGUCUUUGAAUCCAUUGUUUAAUUCAUUGACAAGUAUUUCGAAUAGUAGUAGUGUUAAUACGGACAGUUGUUCAACAAGUGUUGGUUCUAACAAGUCGGAGGAAAAUGAAAGAGUAGUCGUUUCCCUUUUCAAAAAUGUAUCAUUAUCAAUAGAGCAAAGUUUUGUCGAUCAAGAACAAGCAAAACACAAACAUUACUAUCAAAUGAUUGUUUGGUUGCAUCAAAUGUCAACAUUGGAGUUUUUGUUUGGAGGAAUACCACUGAAUUAUGUGGAAUGGAAUGUUCCUUAUCCAGCCAUUUUGGCCUCAGCUUUAAAUAAUCAUGAUUCCAAUACACAAUUGUUGGAAGAGAUGAAUUCCUCUCAGGUGGUAGUUGCUGGAGCUAAAAGUAAUAGAAAAUUUAUUAUUCGAUCAGAUGAACAAUUUGAGGAUUUGAAUAGAAAUCGUGUGAAUAGCUUAAUUCAAAAUACACUUUAUACGAGUAAGGAGGAAAAGACAGUGCUCAAUUCUGAUAUAUUAUUCUACAUUUACUUGAAUGGAGUAAAGAGUGCCAAGUUGAAACUCUCUAAUUUUGACCUAGGUUUCGAUCACAUGACAACAAACAAGAGUAAGACUAAUUUAUUUUAUUUGGAAAAUAUUGAUUACCAAGGAAAUAGUGAUAUGAUGAUGGAAGCACUCAAAUAUUCAAAGAAUAUCAAGUUCUUAAACUUUAUUGACUUUCCAUUAUCAGAUCUGACCCACCUUUCGAAUAACAUGUUAAAAUUAUCACUGGAAAUUGCCAACAUUUUCAAUAUCAAGGGAAUUGAAAAUAUUGGAAAAAUGGAAAAGCUUACCGAGCUGAAAAUCAUUAUUGCAAAAAGUUUGCUGACAACCACAAUGAAUAAUUGCGAUCCAAUCAUUGAAAAAUUACAAUUACAAAAUCUUGACAAACUUAGGAAAUUCCAUCUCGAGAAAGAACCAACUAUUAACUGUUCUGAUUAUAGAAUUUUACUCAAAUUGGUCAAUUGCUUAACUAGCAAAUUGAGAGAAUUAACGUUUGCACGAUUUCCUUAUCCCAAUAUGGUUCAUUCCCUUGUUAGAGAAAGAUUUACAGAAUUGAAUUCUCUUAUAAUCAAUGAGCCAACCAUGUUGGAAUUUUAUGAUGAACCAGUUCAAUUUGAUGGAUUGGAACACUUUACACUCAAACUUUCCCCACAAAUAGUGGCAGAAAACUCGAAUUCGACUGUUAAUUUACAAUGCAAAUUGACCAGUACCCAAUUCGAGAAUUUAAAGUUUAACUUCACAAAUUCAAACUCUCUAUGUUUCAAUUUGGCUCCAAAGAAUGCUUCAAAUUACAAGAGUCAUAUUGUUGAUAGUUUGGUCAAUCAGGUUUUUGAUAAGAACUCUCACAUCUAUGUCAUCAGUUUUACAAAUACUAGAAUAUCAAAACUCGAAUCCAUCUCUCACAUGUUUCAGAAACCAAAUUUUGUUCACGUACAAGUCCUCAAUUUACUGCAUUGUCUCAAACCAGAAAUGUCAGUCACUCCAGAACUCGUGGAUCAAUUGGGAAAAUCCUGUCCAAACCUAAUUACACUCAAAUGGUCUAAUUUCAAGGAAAAGAAAUGCUUUGAACAUUUACAAAAACACUACAGACACCAACUACAGAAUCUUUCUCUAAGACAUUGUAUUAUUAGUAAUUCUAAAGCUUUCGGAUAUCUAUUCUCCAUGAGUAAGCUCAAAAAGUUCUCACUCCAACUAGAUCAAGCAUUCCCUGCAAACUUCCAUCAAACCAUUUCCACACCACUUUUGACCUCCAAAACUACUUCAAAUGGAAACGCUGAUGAGCAAUCAAUUACUCAAGAAAAUUCAACCACAAUUCUAUCUCUCUACAAUGGAUGUUCUAAUUUGGAAUUAUUUUCACUCGAAACUCCUGCAUUUACAGAUCCACAAGUAUUGAGAGAAUUAUUUUCUAAAAAGAAUAGAAAUUUAACAAGAUUAACGAUUCAAAUCACUUCAAAUAAGGAUCAAUUAGAUACUCUACACGAAAUUCUCAAAGAAGUUCAAAAUGGAAAAUUCAAAUAA